UCGAUCGGCGCAAUGCUGGCGCACGUGGACCGGACACGCGGCUGUUGGCGACCGACGAGGCGAAGAAGGCGCUGAUUGGUUUGGCGCGGUCUGGUGUUGGCGCAGAAAACACAAAACCCUUCUACAUGAUGCUGUUGGACUGGGUGUACCCGCACUACACGCCCAUCCUGCUGCACGCGAGCCACAGGUCACCACGCCAGUGCUCAAGCUGUUCAGACAACUGGUGCAGAACCGGUCGCAGCAUGUCCUCACCUAACGGCCAGCAAGGUUAUCUGCAGCUAUGCGCUGUGUGGCUGCUAUGUGAACUUGGGCGUAUUCAGGUUAUACAGCGAUGAAGCAACAGCUUGGACAAUUGGACAACGCGCUGAAAAUGUUUGUCAAACUACUUCUUCCCAUUCCUUAAUCUGAUCUCUUGGUAAGUGAACAAUGAAUCUGAAGUUUCCCUUUUCCCUACUGCCCUGAGUGCAGUCAUCAUAACUUUUAAGGCCAUUUGUAAAGUGUCUCUUUCAUCAAUAAAUUCAAUCAUUUGUUAUUGUUA